AACGGACUCAAAGGAUGGGGAUAGUUGCUUCAAACUUCUGAACAUCUCAUCUUUGGGCUUUGGUGUCUGACUUUCAACUGGAGCUUUCAGGAUCGUAAAUCAUUCGUCGGCUGUGGAAAUCACUGUCUGAACUCUUGUGGGUGUUCGAUUUGAUGGAAUUGUUGCAUUUUUGAGUGGAUACAAUGUUUUGCCCUAUUUUGUUCCUUAUUUUGGGAUUGACGGAGCCCCGUUACGCGAAACCGCUGAAGGAAUCAUCGGAGUCUCUUGCGUCUUUGGAAAUGUUAUCAAGUGGAUUAGCGGGCUCUACUGCGAUGCCAAUUUCAAUUUCUGACGCCAAAUCAAAUCCGAUAGGAAAUAUGGCUGGGACUAAUCAUCUGAUGCUAUUUCGGGAGGCAAACCUCAAGAGAGUGCCCAGGGGGGCGAAGGAUGGAAGAUCGAAGUUUCCGUAUAACUCCAGGCAACCAAGACCUUAUGACCCAGACGGUUAUUUUACAACACCGAGGAAUGUGCAUUUCCCCAAUAACACUCACGGGGAUGGAAAAAAUAGUAGCAAUUCUAUUCGUAUCCACAACCCUCUGUAUCCCGUGACUGACAGUUCCUACGGCGCUUAUGCAGUGAUGCUCCUUUCACUGAUAGUGUUUGCUGUAGGUAUCAUAGGUAACUUGGCGGUGAUGUGCAUCGUGUGGCACAACUAUUACAUGAAAACUGCUUGGAACUGCAUUCUGGCCAGCCUGGCCUUUUGGGAUUUCCUGAUCCUGUUUUUCUGUCUGCCCGUGGUCAUCUUUAACGAACUGACCAAAAGGAGGUUAAUGGGAGACCUUUCGUGUAGAAUUGUCCCUUACAUGGAGGUGACCUCGCUGGGAGUGACCACCUUCAGCCUGUGCGCUCUGAGCAUUGACCGCUUCCACACGGCCACGAGCCCGCAGCCUCGGCCGCGGAUGGUGGAGCCCUGCCAGUCCAUCCUGGCCAAGCUGUCGGUCAUCUGGUUGGGCUCCAUGGUGCUGGCCAUCCCCGAGCUCCUGCUGUGGCAGCUGCAGCAGGACGUGGCGCCGGCGUCGGGCCUGCCCGUGGACUCGUGCGUGCAGCGGCCCUCGCCGGAGCUGCCGGAGUCGGUGUACUCGCUGGUGCUCACGUACCACGAGGCGCGCAUGUGGUGGUCCUUCGGCUGCUUCUUCUGCCUGCCGCUGCUCUUCACGCUGGCGUGCCAGCUCCUCACGCGCCACGUGACCGAGGAGGCGCGCCAGGCGUCGUCGGCGUCGUCCGCCGCCGGAGCGGGGCGCCCGCUCUCGCCCUCCACCACGUCGUCGUCGUCCGCGUCGUCGUCGUCGUCCUCGCCCAAGAGGCAGCAGCAGCGGCGGCGGGAGCGGCAGCUGACGCGCACGGUCCUGGCGCUGGCCGUGGUGUUCGGCGUCUGCGGCCUGCCGGAGAACGCCGCCAACAUCACGCUGGCCUACGCCGGCCUGGAGGUGCCCGCCGCCACGCUGGCGCUGCUGCAGCUGAUCGGCCAGUUCCUGAUGUUCGCCCGGGCGGCCGCCACGCCGGUCAUCCUGCUGUGCCUGUGCCGCGCGCUGGGCCAGGCCUUCAUGGACUGCUGCUGCUGCUGCUGCGACGAGUGUCUGCCCGACCGCUCGUCCGCGUCCACCUCCUCCUCCUCGUCCUCGCACUCCACGGCCGCCACCGCCACCACCUCCUCCUCGCCCACCUCCUCCGUCCCUGAGGAGAAACUCAAAAUUGUCUCAGGCACAACGCCCGCCAUCCUCUUCGAUAAAGCCAAGGACAACUCUUCCAUCCUGGCCCUAGGCACCCCCUGCUGAGGGGGCCCUACUUGUGGACCCUGUCCCCCCAAUGAAAUGACUAUGCUGCGGGGACAUCUCAUGACCUAACCAUGUCCCAUCUCUGGGGCUUGAGGUAGAAAAUAGUGAGGCGGGAAGAAGUUGAAUCAUUUUUUUAUCAUGGAGAUUAUUCUUUUGCUGAAACUUUCAGUGGCCCUCAUUUAUCAAACGAACGUAGAAACCAGCACAGAUCUGAGCACAGGAGUCAUCUUACGACAGGGCUCACAAGGGAUUUGUGAAAUAUUUCUAUUAUUGCAGCGUGCGCGAGAAUCAAUGGGUGUUGGUAAAUGUGGCGACUGAAAAACAAGCGUCAUUUUAAUAUCACGCCCCUAUAUUCUCGUUUUAGAGGCCACACCCCUAGAAUUUAUGACAUGGAGGUGCAUAAUACAUCCAGAAGAGAACAUUUUGGGAUAGCCACAAGAAAAAUAUUUCCAUGGAACACCGGAGACAAGUUGAAGGACAGCAUUAUCUUUUAUGCACAAGAAAACAAAAUGCAUGAUUGAUGCCAUGACUGUUGUGCUUUUCUCAUUUUUUAUCAACAAAAGUAAUUCUGAUACAUGAUGGGUAUCCUGUGCCAUGUGUCAACAUGAUAACAGGCUACAUGAAGUCUACAAAUAUGCAGUUCCAGUAGACUAGACUAUAUUCUAUGAUUAUAACUCUCCAACUUUCCAGUACUCCACCAAUUCACUCUGUGGCACCCCACACCGUAAGACCAUACUGAAUCGACUAAAUUGUACGUUCCUUUCGUAAAUGAAGGCCAUUGUGUUUGCUGAAGUGACCUUUUACUGUACAUAAACCAUAGUUUACCUGUUGAAAGCCGAGGGCUCUGUCCAGUAUUAGUGGUUUAAAGUAUUUUUUUGGCCUUUAUUAGUAUAGGACAGUGAAGCGGUAGACAGGAAAUAAGUGGGAGAGAGAGAUGGGGUGGGAUUGGGAUAUGACCGCAGGCCGAAUUCGAACCUGGGUCCCCAUGGGCACUCGGACCCGUAAAUGGUACGGGCGCUGUAGCCUGCUGCGCCACAACGCCCCCAGUAUUAGUGGUUUAAAAAAAAAAAAAACAUCUCGGCUGACAUGCAAGCUCUCCGAUGCCCUCUUUGCUAUAUACCAGCACAAGACAGAUUUUGAAAUAAAAAACCCAAGAAGGAGAUUGAAGAGAACACUCUACAAUGGAGAGCAUGAGAAAUUCCCCAUUUCCUCCGUUUUUCUUUCUAUGUCAAAAGCAAGCUGGCCAGGAAGAAAGAUUAUGAAUCUUGAAACUGUGAACGGCUUGUGUGGCUUUUGUUAUGUUGGUGUUUUUUUCUCUCCUUCUUUGAAAGGACUUUUGAAAUGCGGAGUUAUGUGGGCCUAAAUGAGUCCAGUGAUGGCUUUUCAUCUGGCGGUUUGACUCAGUAGAUGGCCUUUGUCUUCUGUUAUGCUAACCCUCUUUUUGUGUUGCAUAAUGAACAAGGAGAGGAAUGUUAUGUAGUAUUCUUUAUUCAUCAACACAUGACAUUGCUCCAUCCACGGGCUGGGAUUUUGUAUAAGUUUACUUAUUUUUAGUUAACUCAAGACCUCAUAGCAAUACAUACAGUUAUUACUGUUUAUAUGGGUAACAAUAUGUAUGAUGAUGCUGUGGGAUUGAUUUAGUAUGUCUUACUCUUUUCUACUGAGAGUUGAAAAAUAUGAUUUGAAUAGUUUAUAGUAUUUUAAAAAUGUUUUCAUGGAUAGAAAGAUUCAUAGUUUAACACCAGUUUUCUGUAAAGCAAAUAGACACGUCAGUUCUAAAUACACAAGUCACUGUUAUGGCAUGCUUUGGCUAAAUGUAGGUAGCUGGUACAAACUAAAUGAAGUCCAUUGUUGUACGCUCUGUUCUGGAAAGAUAUUUCUUUGUAGAAUCUGUUACCAAGAACAUUUCUCCUGACAUUACAGUGGUAUCCGAAAUGAGAAUCUGAAAUGUGAAAUUGAGUGCAUUUGUUUUGAAUUUCAAUUGUUUUCAGCAAUUAUCAAUAACGGGGUGAUCAGAAUGUCUCCUUAAAUGUCUCGUUAAACAUUUGCAGCUUUUCCAAUUUCUACACUGGAAAAGCUUAGACAGUAGGCUGAAUUUGGAGAUAUUGGCUGAAAUUCUCAAAAGAUUAUGGGAAUCAUAAAGAAAACAGUUAGACCUUUGUUUUAUUUUUUAUUUGUAUGUUUACAUUGGAUUGUACUGACUUGGACCCAAUAAAAUAACUUGUUCAAGUU